AUGGACCUUCAUCGUGUGGCCCUGCUGUGCACCUUUUUCUGCUUUGCGCAGGUGUGGUCAAGGCCAACAAACUGCAUCCUUCGUGAGGACUUGCUGAAGAGAUCCUACACAGUUAUAGAGACUGCGGGGGGGCUUUUCCCUGUGCAGUGCCUGGACGAAAAUGUUGUCAUACCUUUCCCGCAAAAUGCGUUCGAGUUUGACACCUCGGAUCAGGUUACUGGUGUAGAAAAAGCUAUUUACCAGACACUUGAGAAUAUUGACGCACUGUUUGAGAGCUACAGCGAUCCAGACCGGGAAGCAGAAAAGUGGAAUGAGUUUCGAGGACUCGUGUACCGGCAGAUAGUGGACAGCAAAUGCAUCAUGAACAAGUCUGAAGCGGCACAGGAUUUCCCCAGCAGAGAAGCUUCACUGAAGGUUUACUUCAAGACUAUAACCUCAACUCUGAAAGAAAAGGAUUUCAGUUACUGCGCAUGGGAAAUUGUCAGGAAAGAGAUUCUCUGCACCUUGAAGUUCAUACUGGAUCACAACUCCGACAUCAUUUUAUAA